UUCCAGAAUUUCCCCAACCAACAAAACACAUAUCUCCUCGACUCUCACCGCAUCCAAGGUCAACAACAUCUGCCACCACUCUUCGCAUCUCAGUCCUUUCCACCAAAAACCCAGGAUCUACCCUUCACCGCCGCCAUCAUGGAUCGCAUCAAGGAGAAAAUGAACUCCCUCCGCAUCGAGGCCGACGAAUCCGCCGCCCAAGUCGAGGAGCUCAAGGCCAAGAUCAAGGUCCUCGAGCAGGAGAAUCUCACCAAGGACCACGAAAUCACUUCCCUCACGCACAAGAAUACCCAGUUGGAGAACGAGGUGGAGAAGUUGGAGACGUCUGUUAAGGAGCACAAGGGCGAGAAAGAUGAGGGUUCUGCGGCUUUGACACAGAAUGAGACUCUGCAACGUAGACUGCAGCUUCUGGAGGAGGAAGCUGAGGAAGCCGAUAAGAAUUUGCGGGAGACAAAUGAUAAGCUCCGACAAACCGACGUCAAGGCCGGCCACUUCGAACGCAAAGUCCAAGCUCUCGAAGCAGACCGCGAUCAAUGGGAGGCCAAGUACGAGGAGAUGUCCAAGAAGUACGCAGCUGUCCAAAAGGAGCUGGAGGAUUUCCAAACCGAGAUCGGCAACAUCUAGAUAUCUGGAUAAUGUCUCCUGUUUCUGGUCGUGUGUUCCGUCGCCUACACUACAUCACACCGCGCUGCACCUUUGGAGGUUGUUUUGAUGGACAUGGUAUGAAUGAGGGCUCGUUGCUUUUCUAGAGGAUGUUCUUCUAUCUUUUGUGCAUGGAGGGAGGGAGUGAGGAUAUCAUGUGUGAUGGGCUGGGUUGAUAGUGAAGGGUAGGAAGGAAGUAUAAUUGCAGUUAGGCUCCGUAUGCGUUGGCGGUGGUACGCUGUUGUUUUUCUGUGCGUCCGUUUCUACAGAUCAGAUCAUUGGCUUUUGCUUGAUAGUUGAUAUCAACGGAUU